AAUCAAAAUCAAAAUCAAAAUAAAAGUCAAAAAGUAGUUGCUACCCUCCAAAACUCAAGCCAUAAUACUAGUCAAUACAACGACUUGAUGAACUACAAUCCAAGUUAAUUUUGAUCCCUCCGCCGUCUUCCGCCCAACGCCGCCGUCUCAGUUUUCACUUUCCCCGUGAAACCGUUGACCGCUCCUUCUUGCUACAUUGCAUCUCCCCAUUUUAAGGUCGUUUUCUCACUUCCCACAUAGACCACAAUCUCAUGUUUAACCCAUUAUUUUCUUUUCCUAGAGAUCCUGACUUCUGUUCGGUAUCUGAAAUCAAUCUUCAGACGUUGCCCAUUUUUCAAUGUUAUAAUAUAACUGUCAAUUCUUUCUAGGGAUUUGCAGAUUUUCUUGGAGCUAUUUUUCAUUGAAUUUCAAGAAUCACUGAAUCUUGACUGAUCUCUUGUAUGCUCACUCACCAUUAUAAAACUUUAUCCUUUUUCUCCUCCUCCUUCUUCUUCAAGAAAUCCCAUUUUGAUUUCUGUUGAUCUAAGCAGAAACAUUCAAUCUUGUUGAGAAAAAAUGGGAGACUCUUCAUCAAGAAAAGCAGGUGAUCAUGUAGUUGAGCUGGCAGGGAAAGUAAUGGUGGUGGGAAUCAUCCUCCUCUUCUUCGUUGUAAUCUUUUUCAUCUGCCUCCACCUCUACUUCAAAUGGUUCUAUCUCCACCGUCAGCAAACCACCACCGCCAUCAGGCGGCGCCGUCGCCGCCUCGAUUUCGCGGCUGGACACCAAGAAAUAACAGCCAUUCCCACCUCCCGCGUUGGCCUAGAACCCUCCGUUCUCAAAUCCAUACCUGUGGUAGAAUUCGAUCCUAAGGAAUUCAAAGAUGGAUUGGAAUGCGCUGUGUGUCUGUGCGAAGUUUGCGAGGGCGAGAAGGCAAGAAUUCUGCCCAAAUGCAGCCAUGGAUUUCAUGUGGAAUGCAUUGAUAUGUGGUUCGAAUCUCAUGCUACUUGCCCUCUCUGCAGAAACUCCGUUUCGGAUGAGAAGCCAUCAGAUUCUGAUGAUCAAGAUCGUGCAUCAUCAGACGGUCCAAAUCUGCCCACAAAUGUGCUGUUUUGGGGUGAUGACACUCGAGUUAAUGCAUUUGGUGCUUGUGUGGAGGAGGAUCAUCUAGCUCAGCCGUCCACAUCAGCGGCGGCUGGAAUGGUGGUGAUUGAUGUUCCACUCCAGUGAAGAAACUCAUCGUUGAGCAUCAAUGGGAAAAGGGCUGAAAGUCCAACAAAAUGGUAUGGGACAAAGUUGAUCAUUGCUUCAAUAUUGAAGUAUUAAUUUGUUGUUGCAUUGCUAGCAAGGGGGACUGAUUGCAAGUUUGAAGUCAUCAAAAUGCAUUAUUUGAGGCCUAUUUCAUUUCCGAGACGAAUCAGAUCGUUUGAAUUUAGCUAUGUCACGGAUUAAAUUGGUCUGCAAAAAUGAAGCUUGUGAGUUUUGUUGAGCUGGCAUAAUCCAAGAAUUAUAGGUGGCCAGUUUAAUUUUGUUCUGUUUCUAUAUGUUGAGAAUGUCAACAUAUAUACGUUUUUUUUUUUUAGGCGAGUCAACAUAUAUACUGAAUACGUGUAUUUUCGUUUACUAAGUUUAAAAGAACUUUUUU